GUUCCGUUUUCUUCCGGCAAACUGACUGGAUGUGGUGAAGUGUUGUCAACGAAAACAGUUCCAAGAAGCCUUAAAAAACAAGGAUGUGACACUUUUCGUUCUGUUCACUUUGGGAACCGCCGGUAAUUGAACUGAACCAUUCAAAAUUGGUGGACUUUUUUCAUUUCCACAACCUGACCUGAUGGCGGACCGGCAAUCAGUGAAGAAUAAGGUAGCAUUUCGGGUCGAGUCUAGUGAGGACCUGCCAUCUAACAAUGAAGACGAGAAGAAAAGUGAAAAAUCUGUUACAGAUUGUAGUACUGUUACCCAAACCCGUCGAAAACUGUAUGUUGAGGCUUCACCUAACUGUCGGCGUAGUCGAUCGCUGGAAGAAUGCGGUCGCAGGCGGGGUUACUCUGAAGGGGAUAGUGGGUUCGCGGCUACUCCUACUGAAUCCAGCUCAGACUGUUCCUCAUUUUUUCCAAGUCCAGAAGUACACAGCACACCACAACAGAAGCCACAGAUAAGACACACUAUGUCAGGAAUACUUCUCGAUGCUGCCUUGCAUGGAAGCCGUCGAUCAAAUGCAAAAGACUUCAAUGUGGCAACCCCAGAAGAAUUUGUAAUGCGAUUUGGUGGAAGUAAAGUCAUCAACAGAGUUUUGAUUGCUAAUAACGGAAUUGCUGCUGUCAAGUGCAUGCGGUCUGUCAGGCGAUGGGCGUACGAAAUGUUCAAAAACGAAAGAGCUGUGCGGUUUGUUGUUAUGGUUACACCAGAAGACCUUAAAGCAAAUGCAGAAUACAUUAAGAUGGCAGACCAGUAUGUACCGGUUCCAGGUGGAUCAAAUAAUAACAACUAUGCCAAUGUUGAACUCAUUCUGGAUAUUGCUAAAAGAACCCAAGUCCAGGCUGUGUGGGCAGGCUGGGGCCAUGCAUCAGAAAACCCCAAGCUUCCAGAACUUCUUCACAAAAACGACAUACGUUUCAUUGGUCCUCCAGAAAAUGCUAUGUGGGCUCUUGGAGACAAGAUUGCAUCUUCCAUUGUUGCCCAGACAGUGGGUGUCCCGACCAUGCCGUGGAGUGGAUCAGGUGUGAAGCUUAAAUCCAUGGACAUUGACAGACAGAAAUCCAAGAUGAUAAGCGUGCCAUCGGAUCUGUAUCAGAAGUGCUGCACCAAUGAUGUCGACGCUGGCUUGAAGGCUGCUGUAGACAUUGGCUACCCGGUCAUGAUCAAGGCUUCAGAAGGCGGAGGAGGGAAGGGAAUCAGACGGGCAGAUAACUCGGAUGACUUCCCAAACCUCUUUCGACAGGUGAGUAGCGAGUACCCUGGUUCUCCGAUAUUUGUCAUGAAGUUAGCCUCCGAUGCUCGACAUCUGGAAGUGCAGCUACUGGCUGAUUGCUAUGGAAAUGCCAUCUCUCUGUUUGGCCGAGACUGCUCAAUCCAGCGCAGACAUCAGAAAAUUAUUGAAGAGGCUCCUGCAGAAAUUGCAGAUGCUGAUGUUUUUGAAAAGAUGGAACAGGCUGCCGUCUCUCUAGCUAAGGUGGUGGGUUAUGUGAGUGCUGGGACAGUUGAAUACCUGUAUAAUGCUGAUACUGCUGAGUUCAACUUCCUGGAGUUGAAUCCACGUCUACAGGUUGAACACCCAUGCACAGAGAUGGUGGCCGAUGUCAACCUGCCAGCAGCACAACUCCAGAUUGCAAUGGGCCUUCCACUGUGCAGAUUAAAAGACAUCCGGUUACUCUAUGGUGAAGAUCCGUGGGGUAAUUCGCAGAUUGAUUUUGACAACCCAAAAAUUAAGCCCAGACCAAGAGGACAUGUCAUUGCAGCAAGAAUAACUAGUGAAAAUCCUGAUGAGGGUUUUAAGCCGAGUUCUGGAACUGUUCAGGAGUUGAACUUCCGCAGCAGCAAGAACGUGUGGGGUUACUUCAGCGUGGCUGCGUCCGGUGGGCUCCACGAGUUUGCUGAUUCUCAGUUUGGACACUGCUUCUCGUGGGGCGAAGACAGAGAGGAUGCCAGAGAAAACCUUGUCGUAGCUCUGCGUGAGCUGUCUAUCCGAGGUGAUUUCCGGACAACUGUUGAGUACCUGGUGAAACUGUUGGAGACGACCACAUACCAGGAGAACACAAUAACAACCGGCUGGCUGGACAACCUCAUCCUAGAGAAGGUGCAAGCUGAAAAACCCGACACGAUGCUGGGGGUUAUCUGUGGAGCACUGCACAUAGCAGACCAGGCCAUUCUGAGAAGUUUCCAGGACUUCCAGACCUGGCUUGAAAGGGGCCAGAUUCUUCCAUCAUCAUCACUUCGAAAUUGUGCUGAUGUUGAAUUCAUAUAUGAAGGGAUCAGAUAUUCUUUGCGGGUUGUGAAAACUGGACCAACAAGCUAUUUUCUUUCUGCCAACAAUACCAUCCUUGACGUGGAAGUUCACAGAAUGAAUGAUGGAGGCCUGCUGCUGUCCAUUGACGGGUCGAGUUACACAACGUACAUGAAGGACCAAGUGGACAGCUAUCGCAUCACUAUUGGCAACAAAACAUGUGUUUUACAGAAGGAAAAUGACCCAACACUGCUUAGAUCUCCAUCUGCUGGGAAACUGCUGAGUUACCUGGUGGAGGAGGGCAGUCACGUGUUUGCUGGAGACGUGUAUGCUGAGAUCGAAGUCAUGAAGAUGGUCAUGGAGCUACAGGUGUCAGAAUGUGGAUGUAUUCACUUUGUGAAGCGACCUGGUGCUGUGCUGGAUCCUGGGAGCAUUGUGUCGCGUCUUCAUCUUGAUGAUCCUAGUAGAGUGCAGCAGGCAAUGCCAUUUGAAGGCAGUCUGCCCAGCUUGAUGAACCCGCCGACACAUGGCAUGAAAUUGCACCAAGUGUUCCAGAGAACUCUAGCUCAGCUGCAGAAUGUAAUGGCUGGCUACAUCUUGCCAGAACCUUAUUUCAAAGACCGACUGAAAAACAAUGUUUCCGUUCUCAUGAAGUGUCUGAAAGAUCCAUCCCUUCCUCUGCUUGAAUUGCAGGAACUAAUUGCUGUGAUAUCUGGUCGAAUCCCGGUGAAAGUGGAGCGAGCUAUUCGCAAGCUUAUGGCAUCCUAUGCUAGCAAUAUUACUUCAGUCCUGUGCCAAUUUCCUAGUCAACAGAUUGCCAAUGUGAUAGACAGCCACGCUGCGACCCUGACGAAGAGGACAGAGCGCGACGUGUUCUUCAUGACCACCCAGGGCAUCGUGCAGCUCGUUCAGAGGUACCGCAGCGGAAUCCGCGGUCACAUGAAGUCCAUCGUACAAGACAUCCUCCGCCAGUACAUACACAUAGAACUUCAGUUCCAACAAGGAAACUACGACAAAUGUGUAUGUCAGUUACGUGAGAAGAACAAAGAUGACAUGAUGACUGUGGUAGCGACAAUAUUCUCCAACCUGGCUGUCCAGCAGAAAAACACUCUGGUUAUCAUGCUCAUUGACCAUCUGUGUGGAAAAGAGCCUGGUGUGACGGAAGAAUUGGCCAGUGUCCUCAAUGAUUUCACACUGUUGAACAAAAAGGAUAAUGCAAAAGUUGCUUUGCGGGCAAGACAGGUGUUGAUAGCAGCUCACCAACCACCUUAUGAACUGCGACACAAUCAAAUGGAAUCCAUUUUUUUGUCGGCAAUUGACAUGUAUGGGCAUGACUUCUGUCCAGAAAACUUGCAGAAACUGAUCAAUUCUGAGACAGCUAUAUAUGAUGUGCUACAGGAGUUCUUUUACCAUCCCAAUUCCUUAGUGAAGACUGCUGCAUUAGAGGUGUAUGUGCGUCGAGCAUACAUUGCCUACGAGUUGCACUGCCUGCAGCAUUUUGUCUCUGAGAGUAACCUCUGUGUUGUAGAGUUCCGUUUCCUCUUGCCACGAUCACAUCCAAACAGAUUAAUGGUGACACGGUUUGACCAUGGCCUGCGUAAUUUGUCCAUCGUGGAUGAAGAUUUUGCUCGGGCAGAUCAGUUUGAGGAAUCGCCACUCUGCCAGCGAAUGGGUGUAAUGGCUGCCUUUUCCUCAUUUCAAGUCUGUCAGGCUAAUUUUGAUGACCUGGUUGAACGAUUCUCGCUGGACACACCUCCACAAAGUCCUCUGCUAUCAGACGACGAAAGUUUAGUGGACGAAGAGUGUACAUCACUGAAGAGCUUGUCUGAUGUUGAUGACCCAAUCCAUAUCAUCAAUAUUGCCCUCAAGUAUGAUACGUUCAUUGAAGAUGAUGUGUUGGCAGAAACAUUUCAAGAAUUCUGCAAAGAAAGGGCCUCUCGAAUGUAUGACAGAGGAAUCCGAAGAGUGACAUUUGUUGUUCUUUACAAGAGGACUGUUCCAAAGUAUUUUACUUACAGAGCCAAAUUUGAGUUUCUAGAGGAUCGUAUUUAUCGCCACUUGGAGCCUGCAUUAGCUUUCCAGCUGGAGAUAAACCGUCUCCGCAAUUUUGACUUGGAAGCAGUUCCUACAGCCAACUACAUGAUGCACCUGUAUCUGGGAAAGGCAAAGGUUGCCAAAGGUCAAGAGGUGACAGACUAUCGCAUGUUCGUCCGAUCCAUCAUCCGACAUUCUGAUCUUGUUACAAGAGAGGCCUCGUUUGAGUACUUGGAGAAUGAAGCUGAGAGGACACUCCUGGAAGCCAUGGAUUCUUUGGAAGUAGCUUUUACACAUCCACUCGCAAAACGAACAGACUGCAAUCACAUCUUUCUGAACUUUGUGCCCACGCUGACUCUUACAGAACCAGGAAAGUUGGAGGAGACAGUUCGCAGUAUGGUCAUGCGGUACGGAAUUAGACUGUGGAAAAUGCGAGUCCUACAUGCAGAACUGAAGUUCACCAUCAGGUUGACGUCUGGUGGUGCUGGUUUUCCAAUCCGAUUGUUUUUGACCAAUGAGAGUGGGUAUUACCUGGAUAUUAGUCUAUACAGAGAGGUCACUGACUCCAGAACAGGACAGGUUAUGUUCCAAGCGUAUGGUGCCAAACAGGGACCACUGCAUGGACUCCUGAUCAGUAGUCCCUACUUGACAAAGGACCACAUGCAGCUGAAGCGGUACCAAGCACAGUCUCAGGGCACGACCUACGUCUACGACUUCCCAGAAAUGUUCAGACAGGCCCUGAUUAAGAUGUGGAAGGAGUACAAGCACCGAUACCGACUGGAGGUGGACCCGACGCCGGCCAGCAUCAUGUCGUGUGUGGAGUUGGUGCUCGAUGGCCAGAACCACAUGUGCCUGCAGAACAGACUGCCUGGAGAAAAUGAGAUUGGAAUGGUGGCAUGGAAGAUGUCAUUAAAGACUCCCGAGUUUCCCGAUGGCCGAGACAUCAUUGUCAUCGCCAACGACAUGACUCACCGCAGCGGAUCGUUCUCGGUACAAGAGGACAUACUUUUCAAGAAAGCGUCCGAGUUUGCUCGUAAGAAUGGUGUUCCACGUAUUUACCUGGCAGCUAACAGUGGAGCUAGAAUUGGGUUGGCUGAGGAGAUCAAACACAUGUUCCGGGUGGCAUGGGAGGACAACAGUGAUCCAGAGAAGGGUUUCAAGUAUUUGUAUCUGAGGCCCGAGGACUUCAAGAAAGUGAGUGCUGUGAACUCUGUACGGGCCGAGCUGAUUGAGGAUGAAGGGGAGUCGAGAUACAAGAUCACAGACAUCAUCGGUAAAGAUGAUGGACUUGGCGUGGAGAACUUGAAAGGAUCUGGAAUGAUAGCUGGCGAGUCGUCACAAGCGUACAACGAGAUCGUCACCAUCAAUCUAGUCACGUGCCGUGCCAUUGGAAUAGGAGCCUACCUGGUUCGUCUCGGACAGAGGACCAUACAGGUGGAGAACUCCCACAUCAUUCUUACUGGAUUUAGCGCUCUUAACAAGGUGUUGGGAAGAGAAGUGUAUACCAGUCACAGUCAGCUUGGUGGGAUACAGAUAAUGUUCAACAAUGGUGUCACACACAGUGUGGUUCCUGAUGACUUUGAAGGGGUCUUCAAAAUACUUAAGUGGCUGGCAUACAUGCCUGAUAAAAAAGGUGGCCAAUUGCCAAUCAUGGAAGCUUAUGAUUCUGUUGAGCGAGAUGUUGAUUACGUUCCAACAAAAACACCAUAUGACGUCCGCUGGAUGUUGGCAGGCCGAUACAGUCCUGAGAUCAGUUCUUGGCAGACGGGAUUCUUUGAUAAGGAUUCCUGGGAGGAAAUUUUCCAGCCUUGGGCUCAGUCUGUUGUGACGGGGAGAGCAAGACUUGGUGGUAUUCCAGUUGGGGUGAUUGCUGUGGAAACCCGCACAAUGGAGCUGGUGAUCCCAGCAGAUCCUGCCAAUGUAGACUCCGAAUCAAAGGUGAUUCAACAGGCAGGUCAGGUGUGGUUUCCCGACUCGGCAUACAAGACCGCUCAGGCAAUCAUGGAUUUCAACAGAGAGGAGCUUCCUCUGAUUGUGUUUGCCAACUGGCGAGGAUUCUCUGGUGGAAUGAAAGAUAUGUACGACCAGGUGCUGAAGUUUGGUUCGUACAUCGUGGACAGCCUGCGUGACUACAACCAGCCAGUGAUCAUCUACAUCCCCCCGCACGCGGAGCUGAGGGGAGGGGCGUGGGUGGUGGUUGACCCCACCAUCAAUCCGGAGCACAUGGAGAUGUUUGCUGAUCAGCUGUGCAGAGGUGGGGUGCUGGAGCCAGAGGGAACGGUGGAGAUCAAGUUCAAGAAGCGAGACCAGGAGAAGGUGAUUCGGCGCCUCGACCCCGUGGUGCGCAGUCUAGUCGAGCAGCUCAGCACCCCGGACCUGCCCAGCAGUGACAAGGAGCGGCUGGACAACGAGCUCGACAAACGCAUUGCCCGGGUCCUGCCCAUAUACCACACCAUAGCCGUCCAGUUCGCAGACCUCCACGACACGCCAGGCAGGAUGGAGGAGAAAGGGGUGAUAUCUGGUGUACUGCAGUGGAAGCGCAGUCGCAGUAUCUUGCACUGGCGCAUUCGACGGCGUCUACUCGAGAACCAGCUAAAGAACAAAAUGCGUCCAUUCACUCGGGGUCUGAGCAAUGGGCAGCUCAACAACAUGCUCAGUCGGUGGUUUGUGGAGGACAAAGGCACUGUUAAUGCCUACCUGUGGGAAGACGACAAGGAGGUGGUCACAUGGCUGCUGGCCCAGCUCGAUGAGAAGACCCACACAAAGUCCGUGUUUGAAAACAUCAAGUGUCUCCAGAGAGACCAUGCCAUGCAGCAAGUCCGCAGUUUAAUACAAGACAAUCCUGAAGUGGCGAUGGACUCGAUUGUUCAUAUCACCCAGCACGUCACUCCAGCUCAGCGGGAACAAAUAUCAAGAAUUCUGGCCAACAUGGACUCGGCAACAUAAAUCGUGGCCAGAUUAGUUGUAUACAGAUACGAGAAACCAAAAAAAUCCCACCCCAAAUAUUGUUCAUUCUUUCAGUCGACAAAUUCUUCCAUUAAUCCAGGAUGUGAAAUACUUCUUGUGAAUAGGGUAUGCACAAUGUGCCAACAAGACUUAAGAAAAACAACAAAUACCCUUAAUAAUGAAUUUGUCCAAUAGGCUGUAGUGCUGUUUCGAGUGGAUCUGUUAAUUGUUUGUGUUUUUUGUGUGUCUUACACUGCAAACAUUAAUUAAACAAAAAAUUGGAUGUGUAUUGUUGUUUUGCAUGUGUCAAGCUGCCACCUAAGGAAGUAUGAAUAAUUGGUUAAAACGUGGCUGCUUGAUGUAAACAAUUUGAACUACUAUAAAAUAGAAAAUUGAGUGAUUUAGUAAUAUAUUUGUUUAAAUUAACUAUUGCUAUUUAUUGUUUUACACAGGGUGUUGUACAGUACCUUAUUCUGAUAACAAACUUUAUGCUAUGUGCAGAAAAGUAAAUCCUUUUUCUUCAAUGAGUACUGUAUUCCCAUGCAUUUUGUUUUACUCACUGGAAUGAUCAAGUGUAAUCAAAACAAUUUCAGUGUUGUUCAAGCCAGUGAUGUCAUGUGAAAUAAAGUUAUUAAUUUUCAUAUUUAAAUUGGUUUACACCUUUAUUUGUAUAUUAAAUGUGAGGCAACAAACUUGGUUAAUUCUACCAGGUAAUGAUAACGCUGUAUCUACAUUGCGAUAUUACAUAUUAAUGUUGAUGAAGCAUGAUGCCAUUAGGCUAGCUUUGUAUUUUUGUAAUUAUAAUGCUAUAAUGCUCAAAUGCAUCCAUUUGAGAGAAGGGUAAAAUGGCAGAUGAUAGAAGUGCCCACCUUAGCAGAUUUGACUAACGACUGUAAAUAUUUUAGGAUGUUUCACAUUAGAAUUUCCAUCAUGUUGACACAUUCCAUUGUAAUCUGGUCGUAAACAGUUACUAAUUGGUAUUAUUGAUGUAAUCAUGGUACUUGGAUUAGAAAUCGAAGUACUGAAAGUCGGGGGUUUCUAACCCUGAAAGGCAUUAAUUCUAGUUUAAAGACUAGGUUUUUUUGUCAUCACAUUUUUUAUAUUUUGUCCAUAGAAUCAGUAAUAAGAAUAAUUAAUAUAUAAGAAUGGGAUGUGCAUAGUUUAUAAACAGUUAUCUCGAGUAAAUUUGUAAAUUUCUCAAAAUAUAUAAAUUUUUAGCCGAUUUGAAUUUAAUUGUGAAUUCUUUUCACCACAAGGUUAGUAAUUUAUUUCCGAACUCAUGUAGAAAUUAGUGUUUCUGAAAAUAUCUUCCCAAAAUGGCUUUUUAGCACCAUUAAUUUUGAAUGUGUGCAUGACUGGGGAGAGAAUGGUAUUACCAACAAGUACAGACGACAGACUACAGAUUAGUACAAAUAAAGUGACGAGAUGAAUAUGACAUUUACUCGUGUUUGUGGAUUGAUUGGUGCAUAUGGAGAUUUAGUUUUUCACAUACAUGAAUGACUCCUUAAAUUGACCCCACUAUUGAAAUAAUGUUGGGGAAAAGUAGUCCUAUGCUUCAGGAUUCCCAAAUUUAUUAUUAUAUUGAUUAUAAAUACUGAAUGAGAUGUAAUAUAUGAUAUUGAAAUUGAAAAUCAAAAUGUUAUAGUUAAUGAAAGCAUUUGUUUCUUUAAUUCAUUAAUUUUAUUAGUUGAUCAUAAUUCUGCUUGUUUUGCUUUAUAUUAUAGUAGUAGUAGUAGUUCUUUUACAACACUAUUAAGUUUUUUUAUUAAAUGAAUAGUUGAACCGGUUUGUGAAAACCACCCAUAAUAUCCAUUAAAUGAUAGCGUUUAUGUAGACCGAGGUAAAAUUCAUAAUGGGGAUGUGUUUAAAGUGUUGUUCGUAGAUUGAUAAUAAUUUUAUAUCAAGUGACCAUUAUAGCAAAUACCUAUGUCUGUCUGUAUGUUACUGUAGGCGAGUGAUCAGUGGCAGUUUCCCAUAGCAUACUGUCAUUUCAUUAAAGAGCCAAGUUCCAGUUUUGUGUCGUAUUAAAGAACGUUAUUCUAUCAAAUAGAGAAUUUAAAGCCACCUGAAUUUUGUUUUGAUUUCUUACUGUCUUACUUAGAAUAUCACUUUCUACAAAUCCCAAUGUAGUCAGCCUGCAUUACUGGACAUUUGCAGCUACUAUUUGUAUUACAAUUGUUGUGAAUGUGUGAUAUGGAGUAACAUGCACAGACAUGUUUUUUUUUGUUUUUUUUUAAACUGCACUUAUUUCAGGCAAGUGAUGGGAUGGAAACCUGCGUCUUUUGUGCAUGCAUCAUUUGUAGUGCAAUAUUGAUUUAUGGAGUAAAUAAUCUUGUCACUUGUGUGUGCUGUGUAUACUUCAGUGUUAAAAUAGGAUAACAUUUCUCAAAUUGUUAAUGUAUAUUGCUAUCUUAAUCAUGACAGUAUUAUACAUAUCUUUGCGUUAAAACUAACUGUUAAUGUUUUCAUUAGCUUUCUUUGUCAAUUAUUGUGCCGGUUUAUGUAUUUAUAUCUUAAAUUACGAAUGUCAAUUUCAAAAUGCUUUAAUUUGAAAUGCUUUAAUUUGAAAAAAGGUCAUAAUAAAAUUUCUACAGAAAUUUGUUAUUAAUAAAGUCAUUGUUUAUCAAA